CCGGGAGCGGCGGCCAUGCUGCGGGGCGGCGGGCCAGCGGUGGCGGGGCUGCUGCGGAGGGCGGCGGCAGGCAGCCGGGAACAGCACCGGGAACAGCACCGGGAUCGGGAUCCAGACCAGGGAUCCGGGACCCAGGAGCAGGGCUCUGGCUCGGCGCGGCCGCAGCCGCCGGAGCCGUCUCUGCUGCGCUUCCUGGUGUGUCCGCUCUCCAAGAAGCCGCUGAGGUACGAAGAAGCUACCAACGAGCUCAUCAACGAGGAGCUGGGCAUCGCCUACCCCAUCAUCGACGGCAUCCCGAACAUGGUCCCGGAGGCUGCCAGGAUGACGCGCAAGAAGCCCCCGACCGAGGACUCGGAGCAGCCCUGAGGACCCGCCCGGCACAGCGGGAGCUGGGACUGAUGGCCGGGGGAGGGAUGCUGCCCUCUCUGCCCACUCUGACUGUGCUCGUUCCCCUCCUGUCCUUGGCAGGCUUGUUUUACUCAGCCAGCGUGGACGAAGCCUUCCCGCAGGGCUGCACCAGCACGAACAGCCUCUGUUUCUACAGUCUCCUCCUUCCUAUUACAAUACCAGUUUAUGUGUUCUUUCACCUUUGGACCUGGAUGGGGAUUAAGCUUUUUAGGCACAACUAGUGAGAUGCUUUUGCUAACCCCUGGGCUUCUCUAAAUCAACGCAGCUGGUUUAAUCUCAUCGGGUAUUGCAGUUCAUUGGAGAAUUCCCUUUGGCACUACGAACUGUCAUCAUUUUCCUAGUAGUAUCUCGAACUGUAUGAAGCAGCAGCCCAUUGUUACCUACUGCUAAGAGCAGGAGUAAUAAGAGCACUAAUUCCCUCUGCUGUAUCCCUUCAAGAGUGUUGUUGUGCAUUUGUAGUGGCACUAAUGAAAACGACCUAGGUGGAGAUUGUUUUCAUGAGAAAGAACUGUACCCUGACUGAAAAAACUGAUCUUAAAUAAUACAUUAAAUUAAACAUGCAGUGAUACGAA